UGGAGACUGUGUCCGCCAACGUGCAGAUACAGUAAAAAAUUGAACAUUGUUUACCACAUUGCGCUUUUAGUUGUUUUAUUGCGGGUUUUUUAGUUUUCCAUGCGAUGUCAGAGUUGGCGUGCUGUCCAUAAAGGCUCUUUAUCGGAGUGCUGGCAGUCAUUGUGUUUUGCCGAUAUAUACGCGAGCGGAAUAGUGUCCGCCAUACAAUCCUGCAGCUGCGCGCUUUUUGAUAUGUGAGUGUCUUCGGGAUUCAAGUACACUACAGCAGCAGGUCGGGGUACCUGGACAUAAGCCAUGAGUAGCAGAAAAGAUGAUGAUAACCUCCUGAGAAUGACAAAGGAUGACCUGCUGCGCUGGAUCCAGGCAGAGGUGGACCAAAACCCUCAUCUGAUGCAGAGACGCGAACAACUGGCGCAGGUAGAGGACUGGGUGAAGCAGAAGGAGGGGGAAGCCACUUACACCCGCCUUCUGUACAGCAAUGCUUGCGAGUCGGUCCUUGAGUGCGAGUCCGUGAUGAAGGGUCUUUAUGGAAUGAUGGGACUCGAAUACCGAGAUGAAGAUUCGGAGGACGAAGGAGGGGGAAUACCACUGGACAUCCUUCAGGUUACAGAUGAAGUGGAGGAUAAGCAGAAAAAUAGUGUGCUAAAUGGAGAUGAUGACGAUAUCAUUGUCAUUGAUCUGGGAGCCACCAAAGAAAACUUGGAACCAAUGCUUGAAAAGGUGACUGUGGCCUAUCAGAAGUCCUCCAGACUCAUUCAGGAUUUAGUCCAGAUGGUAAACAAAACUUCCUCCGUGAGUUCUGCAUCACCGUCAUCAUCUGACGUCUCUAACAGACCCUCGUCAGCUUCGACCCCUGAGACCAGCUGUUCUGAAUUGGUCGCACCAAAGCUGGAAAUACAGGAAAACCCAAUUGGGAUCGUAAGGAAUGAAUCUCUACCGAAAGCACCUGAAAUGUCCUCGCUUCUCAGCAAUUCGGAACAAUACAAACCUGUUGCUGGUUAUAAGUCAGAUUCUAAACCAACAAUUAAGACUGAACCACAACUGACAGCAAUAACUCCUUGGGAAAUGAACAUUUCAAAAGAUCAUGAAACGUCUGCUGCUCUUAACUCUCCAUCCUUAAAUUUAAUUAAGACUGAACCUCAGUCGACAGCAGUGAGCCCUUCAGAAACACCGGAAACCUUUGCCAGUCCUCACUUUGGAUCCAUCACAACAGUAAAGACCGAGCCUCAUGUGACGUUAAUAAAGUCAGAUAUGACUUCACCUCCAGGCACUUCAAAGCCUUUCCGAAUUGAAUGCAUUGCAUCUAUUAAGACUGAACCUCUGCUGAGAGCAUUGACUCCUCAGAUGUCUUUGCUUGAAAGAGAUUCAGAAAAGUCAAGCAACCUUCAUUCAGAUCACGAAGCAACAAGUAACACUACACUAGCUUUUCCUGAAAUCCUGAGAACUAAAUCAGCAUCAAUGGAGACUGAUCCUCAAGUGCCACUAGUGACCUGUUCAGAAAUGUCUUCGUCUUCAAGCUAUUCAGAACAAAUGGAAAUCGAUGCCUGUGACUAUAUAACAAACAGAGAAACGAACCUGACUGAGCCCGAGUUGAAGACAGAAGUGGCAUCACUGUUGAGCAGUUGUGAAGAAGCCGAAACUAAUGCCAGCCGCGAUUCCUCAGAUAAGACUGAAAAGUUAAAAACAAGGGGCAAAUCUGUAACAAAGAGCGGUUCAAAGACAAGGCUGAGAUCUUCAAAAAAAACUGUGCCUGUAGGCAGCACUUCAAGCCCGCAAACGGAAACAACAACAGUGCAAUCUCCUGCAGAAAGUAAUGAUGAUCGCUCUGAAACCGAGGAAUUCUCCGUUAGUCCUGCUGACAGUGAUUAUGAACCUCCUGAGUCACAGUCGGAGUCAUUGUCAGACAGUGAUUAUGAACCCCCUAAAUCAAAAUCAAAGUCAUCGAGAGACAGUGAUUGUGAACCACCUACAUCAAAAUCGGAGUCAUCGAAAGAGAGUCAUUUUGAACCCCCUAAAUCCCAAUCAGAGUCAUCGAGAGACAAUGAUUUUGAACCCUCUAAGUCACAAUCUGAGUGUAACACUGUCGAUGAUGCUGAUGAUGCCAGCAGCAACGGUGCUUCUGCAGAACCUGCCAGUCCUGACGGAAGUUCCAAGUCUUCAUCCAGUGAGUCCUCCAAGCAGCAAGAACAUAAAGAGAUAAAACUUAAAGUUGGCAUGGCAGUUUUGGCAAAAAGGUCACACAACUUGUGGUGUAAAGGAACAGUACAAGACGUCCAAACAGAAGAUGUAUCAGGUCCAACUGGCCUCACAAUAGACCCUCACUCACCCCUCAUACAUUGA